AUGCUUCCGUCCCGGCAGCCGCCGCGUCGCCGCCCUAUGGCCGCCGCCUCUCCCCACCGCACGCGCUUCGCCACGCGCCGCUACGCCCUCGCGCUCCUCGCGCUCCUCGUGCUGCUCUACACGUACCUCAACGUGCGCUUCUUCGCGUCGUCCUCCGCCGCCACGACCCACUCGCCCAUCGACGCAUACAAACAUCAAAUGAAACGCCGCCCAGCAGCCCCCAAAGACAGCGACAUCGACAGCGCCGCCCCACGUCCUAUACAGCACAUUGUGUUCACGUCGACGUGUCGCCCACGCGACGCCGUUCAGGCCAAAGUGCUGUCGUUCACACUGCGCCGCGCGGGCUACAGCGGGAACCUCACGCAGCUGCUGUACAACUGUUCGGCCGCCGACGCCGCGCAACUCGGGCGCCAACAGGACGCGCGACACGACGUGCAGACGCUCACGUUCCCCGACGGACCGUCAGCUGCGCCCACUUCAACUUCGCCGCUCUUUGGCGCGCAACUGCUCACAACGACUCUACACGUCGCAGUACUGGCCAAGUGGGUACAUUCCAUCACAGCAGACGGAGCCGACCGAGCAGCAGACAGAGCAGCAGCAGAUGAUGAUCUCGUGAUGGCUAUUGACAGUGACGCGAUCGUCACAAAGCUAUUGGACGUGCAGACGCUCUGGACAGACACGACGGCGUCACGGCCUAUGAUUGCGGGACAAGACGCGGCGUGGUACUGGCCGCAGACGCUGCCGCUGUCGCGCGAGGAUCUCGCGCGGGUGUUGCCGGCGGACUCUCCGGCGCUGCAGCUCAGUGACUGGCGCGCGUACGCUGCAAUUGCGCCGUUUGUCGCGUCUGUGCGCGUGUGGCGGCAGCUGCUGCCGACGGCAGUGGACGUGUGGGCCCAACUCGCGCACGAGCAGCGGCACUUGGCAGUGCCACUUGCGGCGGCGCACACGCAGACAGCGAUUAGCAUUGCGAGUGUGCUCAGUGUCCACCACUACCCCUCGCGGUACCAGAACUGGGACUUUGCCGACGACGUGAAGCACAACCCGUGCAGCGAGCGCGCCACUGGUCGCGAUCUGGCGCUGUCAUCGUACCCCAUCUCGAUCCGCGCGCUCAACUUGACGCUCCCGCAGUGGAUCGACGGCCGCGAGUGGAGUUUCUUUGCCGAUCGGGUGCCAGUGGACUUUUUUGCGUGCGACGCGUAUUUGCUGCGCCAGCCGCCGGCCCAUAUGUGGCACCUCGCGAGCCACACGAGUGGGUACGAGCACGUGCCGAACGUGCUUCGUCGGCGCCACAUGAUUAGUGUGUGUCUGGCAGUGGAGGCGUACAAUAGCGCGUCGGAGAGCUACCGCGCGCACGUGUGCCCUACUGGCUACAAUCACAACCGUCGCAUGCCAAUGGAGUUUCAAGAGGAAGCGUGGCGCACUGCUGUAGCGCUCGCGGAUGGCUCGCCCCUGGAAACGGACCCACCCGUCUACUUUGGCGACUAUAAGCAAAAGCAGAGCAGUGACGUGGUGAACGAGAGCAACGUGAAGCCAGGGCAAGAAGAGAGCGACGAGCUGCACUUUGUCUUUACGACGUCUUGCGAGCCGCACCAGCACUGGCAGAGCGAGGCGCUUGCGCAGAGUUUUGCACGAGUUGGUCAGCGCGGGGCGCUCACUCGCAUUGUGAGCGGUUGCUCGAUUGACGAGGAGGAGGAGCUGCUUCGUCGUUCGUAUCAGUCUUCGCCGCACCUGCGUAUCCACGUGACGCGCGACUUCCGCUCACUCCCUGCUCCGAUAGAAGCUUCCAACGAGACGGAGCAGCAAUCGUCGACGCCUGAUGAUUAUGUGCCGUACAACAAGCCGUUUGGACUUCGGGACUGGCUGGAGUCUGCCAAUCCGCCCGUGCGCGAGGACCUUGUUGUGGUGCUGGACCCGGACUUUUUGUUCAUCCGGCGAUUUGCCGUGAACACUGGUGGUCGAGUGACGUCCGCGAAAGGUGUCAACUCGGGAGACUACGCGCGCGACGCGGAGGUCAUUGAAGGCAUGCGACAGUACAAGCGCUUUUUUGUGUACAGUGGCUCGCGCGAAAAUGUGAGCGAUACUGUGACGGAUGGCGUCGCGGUGGCGCAGCGAUGGUCGCAGUAUCUGGGCACGACGGCCUUCAAGAAUAGCAGCUCCAUCUGCCCCGAAUGCGCAAAGGUGUCGGAGGCCAACGCCUCUGAGUUUUUCGCUGUCGGUCCUCCGUACGCUCUCACACGCAAGGACCUGACCCAGCUGAUUGACGACUACUGCAACAUGACGGUGCUCAUGCGUGAGCAAAGGAACCGCGAGUUCUGGAUGAGCGAGAUGCUGGGAUACUUGCUUGCAGCAGCAAAGCACGGAGUAAAGCAUACGACGUUUGACAAUUUGGCGCUUGGCAACAAAGGGGACGACUACACUGGUUUUGUCAGUAUGCUGAAGCGCAAUCCGUGCGCGGACCCUGCGACUCCCAUUAUUCCAGGAGAAGCGCCGCCUCUGCUGCAUAUGCGCCAGUCGUACGAAGCCAGCGACGACCGUGGCCUCAAAUGGCUAUUUGACAAGCAGCUUCUGCCCCACAACUUGUUUGCGUGCGACUCGUGGCUGCUGGCGUCACCGCCUGCGAGCGUCUGGUCGCUAGCCAAGCAAAGUGGCGACGACCAGCAGCAUUUACUGGAGGCUUAUGGUGUGUGCACGAGUAUCAAGGUCCUUAACCAGGCGCUGGUCGACCACAAGACCAAGAUGUGCCCGAACGGAUUCAACGAGAACCGACGUUUGCGACUCGUAAAGGGCGUUCGCCAGGAUUUGCUUACGGUGGGCAGCGUGCACACGCCAUGGCAGGAGGCCGCCGAGGAGAACGCACCUGAAGGAGUUUAA